AUGCUGUUGCUGUGCUUUGCUGUCCUCGACCUCAUUGUCAGCUCUCCCUGUGCUGCUGCACCACUGGACUCUGUUUCUGGGCUGCAGUCAGUUUCCAGUGGGUCUACCAGGAACAAGGUGCUUCUCAUCUCCUUUGAUGGCUUCCGCUGGGACUAUGACCGAGAUGUGGACACCCCUAAUCUGGAUCAAAUGGCCCAGGAUGGAGUGAAGGCAGAGUACGUCACACCACCCUUCCUUACCAUCACUAGUCCAACGCACUUCACCCUACUCUCAGGGCGUUACAUAGAGAAUCAUGGAGUAAUCCACAACAUGUGGUUUAACACCACCACUCAGGAGAAGAAGCAGUACUAUGCAUCUCAGUUUGUUGACUCCUACUGGGACAAUGGAAGCUUGCCCAUCUGGAUAACAGCACAGAGACAGGGUCUCAAAGCAGGGUCUUUGCAUUUCCCUGGCACAGCAGCCACCUACCAAGGAGAGACUGUGAAAGUGAGGCAAGUAGAACCUGCUUUCUAUGACCAUGCUAACGAGACAGAUUGGAGACUGAACAUCGACAAGGUGAUUGGGGAAUGGUUCGACCAACAGGACCUGGACUUUGUCUCCUUGUAUUUUGGAGAACCAGAUACGACCGGACACAAAUAUGGACCAGAUUCCCCAGAACGCCGGGAGAUGGUCAAGCAAGUGGAUCGGACUGUAGGCUACAUUAGGGACAGGAUCGAACACCAUGGCCUUACUGAACGGCUCAACAUUAUCAUGACUGCUGACCAUGGGAUGAGUACAGUCCUACGAGGUGAACAAGUUAAUGAGAUCAUCCUCUCUAAGAUCCCUGGCUUCAGCUUCAAAGAUAUUAAGUUUCAUCUGGUAGAUUAUGGUCCUUCUGGGAUGCUGCUUCCUAAAGAAGGGAUGUUGGAGAAGGUCUACCAGGCUCUGAAAGGAGGCCAUCCACACCUUCACGUGUAUAAAAAGGAGGAGAUGCCAGCUAGACUGCACUACAGUAAACACCCUCGACUCCUCCCCAUCAUCCUCUUUGCUGACCCUGGAUAUCUUAUCAAUGGGUUUUACACUUUCCAGUUCCACAAAGGAGAGCAUGGCUUUGACAAUGAAGUGAUGGACAUGAAGCCUUUCUUCAGAGCAGUGGGGCCAGAUUUCCAGAAAAACCUGCUAGUUGGGCCCUUCGAAACGGUUAAUGUGUAUCCACUGAUGUGUCAUAUACUGGGGAUUAUUCCAGAGAUCAAUGACGGAAACUUGGACGUGACCAAACACAUGCUGGCCCCCAAGAAAAACACAGGAGGAGACAAUGGCAGUAAUACUGAGUUACAAGCUGUUAUUGGCUUAUCAGCAGUGAUCGGCUUUCUGGUACUGGUGUUCAUAACAACCACUUCCUAUAGUUUGUGCAAACGGAGCAAAGCAAACAGGUGA